CUGCUCACGGAUCGUCGUAUCUGGCCAGAUCGAGUCCAGAGUCUGUCCCAGGAUGCAGCUUUCUGUGGUGAUUUCUGCACUUUUUUGCUUUUUGCUUUUUCCAGGCAUCAAAUCUCUGAAAAUCGAACCUCCAGACGUGAAACCUGAGAUGCCUGAACCUCAGAAUGUCGAUGACGUCAUUUAUCUCCUGGCUGUGACCUCUCAGGCUGUAGGGGGCACAACAGAGACGCUGUGUGUGACGGUUAACCCCAGUCGCUCCGUUACACUGGAGGUCACUCUGGAGUACAACCAGAAGAGUGUCAGACUUUUGAGUCAAUUGCUUUUAAUUGGAGAAUUCUACCGCUGCGUCCCGUUCAAGGUUCCUGUCGUAAGUGAGGAAACCGUGGCGUCUGUUAAGGUUCAGAUUAAAUGGUUGACCAAAGUGGAGAGCAAAGCAACAAAGAUUCUCAUCACACCUCCGUCUCAGCUGACCAUCAUCGAGACAGACAAACCCCUCUACAAACCGGGACAAACAGUGAAAUUCCGCAUCGUCUCUCUGGAUUCCAGCUUCUUCACCUUCAAUCAAGUGUUCCCAACAAUAGAACUGCGGGAUCCGAACUCAAACCGUAUCGGUCAGUGGCUGAACGUCUCCACCGUCAGCGGCCUUGUGGAUCUGUCGUAUCCCUUAAACUCUGAGGCCACAAACGGAGUUUAUGCCAUCACCGUAUGGAGGAACAACCUGGAAGCGCUCACAGAACAAUUCGAGGUCAAGGACUACGUUCUGCCGACGUUUGAAGUGACGGUCCAGCUUCCUCCGGUCAUAACCGUCCUGGACACCAAUGCUACGCUGAAAGUGUGUGCAAAAUAUACGUACGGGAAGCCGGUGAGCGGCGUGGUGAAGGCCACAGUCUGCCGUAACAGUAUCAGCUACUGGUGGUCCAGGCCACAAAGUGCAGGAGCAGCGAACAUCUGCCAAAAUUAUACCAUGCAGACGGACAGGUCAGGAUGCGGACAACAAGUUAUAAAUCUGAAGGACUUUGCGAUAACGGAUUCAGGCUACGAGAACAUAAUCAACGUUCAAUGCGAAGUGGAAGAAAAUGGGACUGGUGCCGUUAUGAAGGGUUCAGGAAGCUCUAGUAUAACUAAUAAUAUGGUCAUGCUUUCAUUUGAGGAUUCGCCAACAACAUUUAAGCCUGGAAUGAUGUAUGAAGGAAAGAUUAAAAUGACAGACACAAACUCCAAUCCUGUGAAAAGGAAGCCGGUGUAUAUGACUGUGACUUAUGGGGAUAAUAUAAAUACAGUUAACACGCUGAUUACAGACGACAACGGGAUCGCAGUCUUUUCCCUCGACACCAAACCGUGGCAUCUGGAGUCGGUCUCAUUAAAGGCACAUUAUGAAAAGACAGAGAGACCCAUAUCGUAUAAUGACAAGCGGUUCGUACCCUACUACCCCACUGCCUACCUGUGGCUUCAGCCCUUUUACUCCAAGAGCCAGAGUUUUAUUAAACUGAAGCCCAGCUCGAAGCCGUUCAGCUGUGACACGUCCGCUAGCAUUGUGGCUGAGUAUCUGAUCCACGAAAGAGUAAACCAGAGGAGCUUAACCUUCUUCUACAUGGUGAUGUCCAGAGGACAUUUAGUUCAACAAGGACGUCUUUCGGUGCCCGUCAGUCCAGGACGUCUUUUGACACCCAACAGCCAAAGUCGAGAAAUCAGUGGCAGAUUGUUAUUGCCCCUAACGAGCAUCGACAAGUUGCCCCCGGUGGCUCAGGUGGUCGUGUACAUGCUCCUGUCCAGUGGCGAGGCCGUGGCAGACAGCAUGAACUACCCCGUUCAACCAUGUUUGACUAACAAGGUGUCUCUGAAUUUUAGAUCUUCUUCUGAGCUUCCUGGUGAUGUGACAUCACUGAGCCUGAAAGCUGCUCCAGACUCGCUGUGUUCAGUGAGAGCCAUCGAUAAGAGUCUGCUGCUGCUGGAACCGGAGAAGGAGCUCACCAUCGACUCUGUGUUCGACAUGCUGCCUGUCCAGAUGUUAUCAGGAUAUUCCUACAAGAUCUAUGAGGAGGAUUUGAUCCCGUGUUCACCGAUCUUCAUUGAUAAGCGAGUGGAAAGAUCGAUCGGUUAUUUUCCUUACGGAAAUGUCGACGUGUAUAACGUCUUUAGAGAUGUUGGAGUUAAGAUCCUGACCAAUGCUGAAAUCAGAUCGAAUCCCGUGUGCCCUGAAGGUUUGCCGAUUAGGAAGCCUGAUGUCCUGAAUGAACCAGCGUUCAUGAAAAUAGAAAGUGCUUCAAAUUCCGUCCUUCCAAACCAACCAACAGUCGUUACAAUCCGCAAACAUUUCCCAGAGACGUGGAUUUGGGAUCUCGUUCCAGUCAGUCGGACUGGAGUGACAGCCAUUAAUAAAACAGUCCCAGACUCCAUCACUACAUGGCAGGCCGAUGCAUUUUGUACAUCACCUGUGGGGUUUGGAGUCGCCCCGAAAACUGAGCUUAUUGCCUUCCAGCCUUUCUUUGUGAGCGUCACCAUGCCCAGCUCUGUCAUCCGAGGAGAAGUGUUCACACUCAAAGCCACCGUCUUCAACUACCUCAAAAGCUGUAUGAUGGUGAAGGUGUCUUUGGCUGAAUCUAAGCAGUUCUCCGCAACCCCGUGUAAGAACUGCAGCUACACACUCUGUCUGUGUGCUGAGGAGAGCUGGACCUUCUCCUGGACCAUCACACCGAAGCUUCUGGGUAAGAUGAGAGUCAGCGUGACGGCGGAGGCCGUGCAGACGUCUGUGCUGUGUGGGAAGGCUGCGGUCACUGUACCACAGAAAGGACGCAUCGACACGAUCAUUAAGAUGCUGCUGGUGCUGGCUGAAGGAACCAAACAGUAUAAAAGCUACAAUGUGCUUCUCUGUCCAUCAGGAAGUGCAGUAGAACAGACAGUCUCAUUAACACUGCCCGAGAUCAUGGUGGAAGGUUCGGCCACUGCGUCCGUCUCUGUACUCGGAGAUCUGAUGGGUCGAGCUCUACAGAACCUGGCGAGUCUCCUGGCGAUGCCGUACGGCUGUGGAGAGCAGAACAUGCUGCGCUUCGCCCCCAACAUCUUCAUCCUGCAGUACCUGGAGAGCACCAACCAACUCACUCCUCAGAUCCUGAGCACAGCUCAGACCUACCUCGUGACCGGAUACCAGAGAGAGCUGACCUACAAACACACUGAUGGAUCUUACAGCGCUUUCGGGAUGAGCGACGCAUCAGGAAACACAUGGCUGACGGCGUUCGUGAUGAAGUCUUUCGGAAAUGCGAAGAGAUACAUCUUCAUAGAUCAGGUGUUUGUGGACCAGGCGAAGUCCUGGCUCGGGCAACAGCAGCAGGCUAACGGAUGCUUUGCCUCAGUGGGACAACUCUUCCAUCUGGACAUGAAGGGAGGAGUGAAUGAUGAGGUGACCCUCACAGCGUACAUCACAGCUGCCAUGCUGGAACUCAACUAUACCGUAACAGAUCCUGUGGUGAAUAACGGUCUUACCUGCCUGAGGAACGCCUACACUCAGGUGAACUCCACCUACGCCAAGGCUCUCCUCUUCUACACCUUCACCCUGGCUGGAGAUUGGGUGAUGAGGAACACACUCAUCUCAAACCUGGAUGCAGUGGCCGUAGUCUCAGGUGGUGGACGUCACUGGAGCAGAGUGAGCGUUGGAUCGGUGACCGACUCUUUGGAAGUAGAGAUGACCUCGUAUGUGCUUCUGGCUCUGAUGUCUGGACCUGAGCUGCCCGGGUUUGGUCUGGGUUACAGCAUCAGUAUCGUCCGCUGGCUUUCUCAGCAGCAGAACUCCUUCGGAGGCUUCGCGUCUACACAGGACACUGUCGUGGCUCUUCAGGCUCUGGCUAAGUACAGCUACGCCACCUACAGUCCAGCAGGAUCUGUAAAUGUUACUAUAACAUCACCAUCAGGGCUGAUUAACACCUUCACCAUCAAUCAGAGUAACAGACUGCUGUAUCAGGAGAGUGAGCUGCAGGAGGUUCUUGGAAGUUAUAACGUUAAAGCACAAGGGAGCGGCUGUGUGUACGUGCAGUUCACUUUGAGCUACAACAUCCCUCCUCCACCCGACAACUCUUCAUUCAGCAUCUUGGCUUCAGCAUCUGGAAACUGCAGAGUCCCAAAUCCAUUUCUAGAAGUUACCGUUACUGUCAUGUAUAACGGUAAACGAGCGAACACCAACAUGGUGGUCAUCGAAGUCAGACCUCUGUCGGGAUUCGAGGCAGACGUGACAUCUGUAGCACUCGUGAACAGCGAAUCCAAAGCGGCUGACGGAGCUGUGAAACGUGUGGAUCUGAUUGAGGGCAACGUCAUUAUCUAUCUGGAUGGACUGACAAAGGGAAAGGAGAAAACGUACACUCUCACCAUCAUGCAGGUUGAUUCAGUGAAUAACUUGAAACCGGCCGUUGUGAAGGUUUACGAUUACUACGAGACCAGGGACAUGGCUGUAACCCAAUACAUCUCACCGUGUCCAUUUCAGUGAGAGUCUGACUGGGAUCUGAGAAGAGCAACAGCGACAGAACGUCUACCCCUUUAACUUGUGUUAGGGCAAUUUUACAUUCUGUUACAGAUAUAAUGUUACUUAAUAAGAUAAUUUUUUUUGUUUACAAUUAUUUUAAAUUCGAUCUGUGAAAUUCUUCAUAUGUCAUCUUAAAAAUGAUCAAAACAGGUUUAAAGCCACCGAGCGUGAGCGAUAUCUGCACAUUUACACUGCUGUGUUUGGGUUUACUGAGGAAGAUGUUAUUGUAAAAGAAUCAUUAAGGCCUUGAGUCCUCACCGUUGUAUCCUUGCUCAGACCUCACGGUUCAUCAACAAGACAAUUUCACUACAGAUUAAAGCGAAUACGAAUUCAUUAACACAAAAUAAAUAAAGGUUUGCCAUGAUUUUACCUCAGAAACUGAUCCAGAAUUCUUCUUAUACAAGUUUUUGUGUCUAAUGAUGGAGUAAAUACUGUAAUUCUUGAUUUUUUUUCCAAUUAUUUGUCCUAUUUUCUUUACAAGCCUAAAAAAAUCAGCUAAUAAACACUGUUAAAACCA